AUGAGCACACCAACAGUUCAGAACCUGGAAGAGGCGGCUACGAUUGCAUCCGAGUAUAUAUCAACGCUCGAGAACAUACCCGGUGAAAUUCAGUUCCUUCUCCAGGAACUUCGUGCCAAGGAGACGCAAUCUCAAGAACUCCAACAAGAAAUUACUCGCGACAGUCACAAAUACAUUCGACAUGUCCUUCGUUCUGAUUCGGAUAGCUCCUCCAAAGACAAGGCACUCACACCUCCCACUGAGAAAAUCAAAUCAGCUCAAAAGACACUUGAAAAACUUGCGGACGAGAAAGUUGCCAUCGCGGAACGGAUCGUAAACAUGCUCACGCGGAAACGGUCACGUUUGGACUACGACCUCGCACGCGUGCUCGCGUUGCAAGGAGAACCCGAUCCAGCUGCUAUUGUCGCCGGUGCGGCACAGCCAAUUUUGUCGUCUGGCACGAGCAUUAGUGCUACUGGCUCAGGGUAUAUUCUUGGUGGCCGGAACCCUGCUGCUCAGAUCAAUGAAAGUUUACGGAACGCGUUCGCGGGGGGUAUGCCAGUGCCGUUGUCGGCAGGUGGAGGUCUAGUUUCAGUUAGUACGAGAAGUGGGGUGGAAGAGUCUGCAUAUAAGAAGCGCAAGCUAACUGCGCAGGACUCCAUAAAGAUGCCGUCCCCCGCACCAUCGCAUGUAGCAUCCGCUGGGCGCGGGCGUCGCAAGAAGCGGGGGGUAUCAUCUGAGGCGGAUGAUUUCGAGAUGGAGUUCGCAGAGGAGACACAAGGCACGGAGGAUGCAGAGGGCGAAGAGGUGGAUGGGGAGGAAGGAGAUGAUGGGGAAGACAAGGAGUUGUAUUGCUUCUGCCAGAAACUGAGCUACGGCGAGAUGAUCGCGUGCGACAAUGCAGGUUGCCCCUACCAAUGGUUCCACUUGCCGUGCGUGAAUUUAAAGCAACCGUUGCCGGAACGAUGGUACUGCGCAGAAUGCACCAAACGGGGGAUGGGUGCCACUUCUGCACCCGGUCGCAAGGGCCGGAAGAAGUAG